UUUCGAGGGGAACAUUUCUGCCGAGCUCCAGAACGAUGAACCAGGAAGUAUCCUAAAGGGCUUGUCCCUCUCUCUGAGGAUGCAAAAAAAUGAUAACAACAACUAAAUACAUGUUAAAACAUCAGAAAAUGAUUGAGUAGCUAUGCUUGAGCUCAUGCAAGUUCAAAAGAUCUAGCAAAAUAAGAACCCACGUGUUUACUCGGGGAAGGUAACCGGACAAGUCCACUCACAAGAUAAAAUGGAGGAGACGUCCAAAAGCGCUGCAGCCAACCAAUCUUCUGUUGUUGCUGCUCAAGUCCCCUUCCUUCGCCUGUGUAAUACUUUAGAAAAAAUUCAGAGAUUGAAACUCCGUCCAGAAAAGUCUAAGACCCUCGGGGAUUUCAUCGAGUCAUGGAGAACGUUUCAUCGUGCACUGCAUAAGGAUGAGCCCAAAACAACUGACUCUUUCUACCCGGCAAUGCGUCUCAUAGUUCCCUCAUUUGAGCGAGAGCGAAUGGCCUACGGCAUUAAAGAAAACAUGCUGGCUAAACUUUACAUUGACGUAUUGUGCCUCCCGAAAAACGGUCCUGAAGCCAACAAGUUAUUAAACUACCGCGCUCCGAGCUCUUCUCAAGGAGAGUCUGGAGACUUUGCCGGCAUGGCGUACUUUGUGCUCAAGAAACGCUGCACCAGCCAAGGACAGCUCAGCAUCAAAGAAGUCAAUGACUUUCUGGAUUCCGUCGCCAUCAACAAUGCGAGCAAGAAGAAAGACCUUGUGAGAAAAAGUCUGCUGCACCUCAUCACGCAAAGCUCGGCUCUUGAGCAAAAAUGGCUCAUCAGGAUGAUUCUGAAGGAUAUGAAGCUUGGCAUCAGCAAGGAAACGGUCCUCCAAGUCUUCCACCCGGAUGCCGCCGAGCUCUACAAUGUCAACACGGACCUGAGCAAAGUGUGUCAGCAGCUCCACGACCCCGCUGUGUCUUUGAGUGACGUUUCCAUCGGACUUUUCUCUGCCUUCAAACCCAUGUUGGCCGCCGUCGCUAACAUCGGCAACGUUGAGAAGCAGAUGGGAAACAGCCCUUUUUACAUUGAAACCAAACUAGACGGUGAGCGAAUACAACUCCACAAGGAUGGCGACGUUUACAAGUACUUCAGUCGGAACGCCUUUGAAUAUACACAGCAGUUUGGUGCAUCUCCUUUGGAGGGUUCCCUGACACCUCACAUCCACAACGUAUUUCAAAAGCACGUUGUCAAUUGCAUUCUCGAUGGGGAGAUGAUGGCUUACAACCCGACCGCCAAGACUUUUAUGCAGAAAGGCAGCAAAUUUGAUAUCAAGAGACUGAUGGACGAUUCAGAGUUACAGACCUGCUUCUGCAUCUUUGACGUGCUGCUUGUCAAUUCCCAGAAGCUUGGCAAGGAAACGCUGAAAAAGCGCUACGAGAUCCUGCAGACGAUUUUUACUCCAGUUAUCGGCAGGAUUCACUUGGUGCAGAAAAUGGAGGCCCGAAGCACGCAGGACGUGGUGAAUUCUCUCAAUGACGCCAUUGACCAACGCGAAGAGGGCAUCAUGGUGAAAGAUCCGUCAUCCUUCUACAAACCGGACAAGCGGGGAGAAGGCUGGCUGAAGAUCAAGCCGGAAUAUGUGGGCGGCUUGAUGGAUGAGCUGGAUGUUCUGAUCGUUGGCGGCUAUUGGGGGAAAGGGAGAAGGGGUGGUAUGAUGUCCCAUUUUCUAUGUGCCGUUGCAGAAGCGCCAAAGCCAGGCGAGAAACCCUCGGUUUUCCACACGCUCUGCCGCAUCGGCUCCGGCUACACUAUGAAGGAGCUGUACGACCUUGGCUUGAAGCUCGCCAAGCACUGGAAGGUUUAUCGCAAAAACGACCCGCCGGCCAACAUCCUGUGCGCCACCGAGAAGCCCGAGGUCUACAUCGAGCCUCGCAACUCGGUCAUCCUCCAGGUGAAAGCUGCCGAGAUAGUCGGCAGCGACAUGUAUAAAACCAACUGCACGCUGCGCUUUCCGAGGAUCGAGAAGAUCCGCCACGACAAGGAGUGGCACCAGUGCAUCACCCUCGCCGAGCUGGAGCAGUUUCGCGGCAAGGCGUCAGGGAAACUUUUUUCGCGGCACCUUCAUAUCGACGCCGCCGGUCAGCCACAGAGAAAAAGACCAAAGCUGCCUGCCAAACCCAAGAAGGCGGUCAGUGACCUGUAUAAGCAGCAGGAUCUCUCUGGGGUUACCAAGGAGACGGACAUGUUCGAGGAUGUAGAGUUUUGCAUUCUGAACGGCAUGGAGGAUCACCCCAAGGCUGAGUUGGAGAAAGGCGUGGCCAGGUGUGGCGGUAUUGUCGUUCAGAACCCGGGGCCAGAUACUUACUGCGUGAUCGCCGGAUUGGAGAACAUGCGCGUGAAGAACCUGAUUCUGUCCAACCAGCACGAUGUGGUGCGGGCCUCGUGGCUGCUGGAAUGUCUGGAGCAGAAGGGAUUUGUUCCCUGGCAACCACGCCACAUGAUCCACAUGUCGCCCUCCACCAAGGAACACUUUGCCAGGAGCUACGACCGCUACGGCGACAGCUACUUCCAGGACACUGACGAACAGCAGCUGCGGGAGGUGUUUGAACGCACGGGAAGGAUGGAAAGCUCAACAGCCGUCGACAUUUGCCAAGUCGAAGAGCGAUACGGCUGGGGUGACCUUCCCACCAGUAUGUUCCGACCUUUCACAGUUUACAUGGAUGACUACGCCGACCUCAACGACCCUGCAACCGCCAUUUCCGCAAGUUGUUUGGAUAUCAGGGCCAUGGAGUUUCGCUACCACGGAGGCACAGUGGUGGACAAGUUGGAGGAAGGCGUGUCCCACGUUGUUAUUGCGGCAGAAACCAGACUUGAGGAUUUGAAGAGAUUGAGGCGCAGCUUUCGAAAGAAGUUCAAAAUUGUCAAAGACACCUGGGUGGUUGACUCAAUCGGAGCAGGGCAUCUGAUGAACGAUGACAACUAUUUGGUUUGAAAAAAGCCCCCUACCCCCCACCAUGCACUGCAUUUGAAGUCCUUCCUCACUUCUAGAAGUUGCAAUGCUGAUAGAUGCGUACUGUAGUCAAGUGAAUUAAGGACCAUGCUGCGGAUUUUCCUGAUUGGACUCAUUAGCUUAGCCAAUUUCUGGAGAUAGCCAGGACAUCAUUUUUACAUCACAACUUUUCUGGCCGUGCAUUAUAGCUCUUGUCUUAUAGAAACCAAUACAUUAUAUGGAGAGUGAAAGAAGUAUAAGUGAAAAAAAUAUUGUUUUAUACAUUUAAAAAAUUUAAGUUAAGAUGAACUUAAUAUGACAAGUUUGAUUGCUUUUUGUGGGGUUAAGUGCUUACUUAGAUUUUAGAGUUGCGUGUGUGUGUGUGUGUGUGUGUGUUUGGCCACAGCUGCAUUUUACCAGGUUUGAAUCAAUUAUUCUAAAUUCCCCCCCAAUAAGAUUGCAUAUACAUUUCUGCCAAUGUUCUGUACUGUCCGAUAUUUCCCACAAUGCAACUCGUCAUAGCUCAUCUCGCAUUGCUCAUUUCGGACCGUGCCUGUCUGCGACAUGAUCUUUUUUCCACUGUGAUUCUUAUUAUCUCCCUGCAGAUUCAUGUAGCUCUCGUGCAUUUGUAUUACUACAUGAACAAACUAAAUUUCUUCUGUAAAAUUGAUUGUUUUGCAAUGCACAAUAAUGGCUGGGUUUAUGAUUGAAGGUUUUGAACAAAAUAAAUUACAUAGAUGCAUUAA